AUGACCUGGCUGUGUGCAGCUUACACAACCUUACACAGCUCUAACUUUGUCUAUUUCAGUUACAACCACUCUAUAAUCAGUCUAAUUACACUGUUGAAUCUUAAUACCAUGUAUUUUCAAUACACUGUGCAAGGUCAUUUCAUUGUAGACCCAACCAUCAAUUGA